AUGAAUGGGCUAGCUUCGGUAUCGGAUGGUGGGGACGACACGGCUUCACAAGGUGGUUCGGAAUCGGACGCCAGUCGAACCGACGGCAGACAUCACGCACGAACUGGAUCGGUUAAGAAGCCUUCUGCGUUCAAACCUGUGUCUUUCGCCAAGUUCGCCGUGCCCAAAGCGCCUGGGACUGCGGCGCCGCCAAAGGCUCCGGAGAAAGCCGUUCAGCCAACCCCCGCGAAGCACUUGACCGACGAAGAGCUGAAGCAGCAAUAUGGAAUUCACAUGACAUCUCGCAUCCAGGAAGACGGCGGCGGUACUACAGAAGCGAAGUGGGCUGAUAUUGACGACGACGAGGAUGAUUGGGCUCCUGAGACGAUUGAGUGGACGGAUGGAACGAAGGUCACUCUCACUCAUACCGACCCGGUACCUGCACCCGAACAUGCUCAUGGAGAGCUGUCCCAGCCACCACCCCUACCGCCGCUUGAGGCCACAGAAACGAAAGAACCACCCAAGAUCGCAGCUCCGAAGCCCACGACAUCUAUCGGACCAAAUCCAACCGUAUUGAGGCUUGGGGCGAACGCUGAACGACAAGCUAAGGCCGCUAGCAUUUCCUCGAAAGGCACAAAUGAUAGAGCUCCCUCUGGAUCCACAAGUCCUGCGCCUCCGGUCAAAUCACCAUGGGCAUCUUUGCCUCCCGUCGAGAGAGUAUCGCCAGUGAACGCCUCGGGUCAUCCUCCACCUCCGCGCCCUCCUCCUCACUAUCCGCAUCGCGAUGACGUUCGUCAUGCAGCUUAUCCACCUCAAGAGAUCGCAGCCGAUGAUUUCAACCGCCAAUGGCGAGAAUCCGCGCCUGGUGCGCCACGGGAGUUGUUCAACUCACGUUCUGGUCGUUAUGAACCUGUAUCAGACAACCGACGGCCAUCCUGGCGGAACGAGCCUCCAUCGGGGGGCGCUCGGGGUCCGGCAGUGCUGCAACGAGCAGGUCAUGAUCACGGUGGCCCGGCUGAACCAUCCGCGGCUUUCCAGACCCACCGGCAUCAUCAAGAAGGUGGUGGAGGUAUGGGCUGGAAUCGUCGUCGAACCUCCUCAAAUGUUAGUGGCGGAAGUGGAGGAUUCGGACGUCGCAUGUCCUUUGGCCGCGCAGAUGGGCCUCCAAGGCACUUCGAAGCUCGAAGGGGCUCUCAGACCAACGGAAUGGUUGAUCCUGCAUUGAUUGACCGCGACCAAAUACAUCCUCACGCACCAGCUCAUCAGCACGGUAGCUCAGCUAUUGCCUCGCCUCCUCCUCCUCCUGCUGCUGAAAUCGCAUCGACCGAGAACCAGCCAGCCCCAUCUACUGCUCCUACGGAACCCGAAGAAGAUCCUCUGGUGAUGCAAGCACGUGUGAUGAAGGAGACCAUUCAAGUUGGCGUCUCUACCCCCGCUCCCGAAAAGCCGCAACGCAAGGAGAGUGUUGAAAGCCGCAAAUCUCAGGCUCCGCCUACACCUUCUGCAGCUCCUGCAGUUAUGCAUUCCCCUCCAAAACCUCCGGUCCCGGAGCCUACUGGAGCGCCAAAGCAAUACGGCAUGAUGAAAGUUCAUCAUCCAGAUACGGUGAAGAAACUUGUCGCGGCCAAUGAGAGAGACCGUGUUUCCGAGAAGCACACGGAUAAACAACCUUCCUCUCACUUGCGGCAAGCUAAUUCCCCUCGCGAGGCGAAACGGGAACCUGUCCAGGCUACUGAACAGAAGCAACAACCUCAGCAGCAACAACCCCCUCAGUCACCUCCACAAGAUACGAAUGUGGAUGAGCAGAGUGGGCAGUGGCGUGGUAAUCUCAACGUGCCUGGCUCCUAUCCAUCGUGGUCAGCUAAUCCUAAACUCGCUUCCACCUCACCUUCGGUGAAGAACCCAUGGAAGCCUUUGAGCAGCGACAGAACUCUCGGCAACGGUAUCUUUGACCAACCUCUCGGAGGGUUCCCAUCACGGGAGCUUCCGUUGCGGAGCCAGUUGGCAUUGGAUCAACCUGCCCAGGCGUUACCAGGAGCCCAGGAUGUCUCGGCGAUUGCUUCGCUGCCAUCUCCUGAAACCAGGAUCGCCGGCUACGAUCCAUUGAGUCCCAUCGGUCGUCCCGGUCCCAUUGGACCACCAAGCUUGCCCCGUAACCCUAAUGCUCUGGGUGCUUGGGGCAAUUUCCACAAUGUCGCAUCUCACAGAGAGGCCGAAGAAUCCGAGCAGAAACGACAGGAGUUUAACGCCAACCGCAACCAGCCGAGUACAGCUGUCAACUUCAAUGAGACCUGGAAGCAAGUGCGAAGUGGAGAAGAAGCCGGUCAACGACAUGUUAUGGGUGGAAGCGUGAAUCAAAACCACCAGAGCCUACCUGUCAACCCAUUGACGGGUCUGGAUGCUCCAGUGGAUGGUCUUCCUUUUUCCGAAACCCAUGCCCGCCCUCUUGUCAGUGUUCCUACGAGAAGCUCACGUUUCUUCCCACAUGGACCUGAACAACCGAAGAAGACGGCGACGGUGACGACGACGGUGAUCGAGAGGUACGACUAUGAACGAAGCCCAUCGCCGCCGCCCCCGGAGGAGUCAAGCCAUCCUGUUUAUUUUGGCGGCUCUGGUCGGCCUUUGGUGCAUCUGCCUACUCCCAAGCCUGUGGUAAAGCUUCCUCCUAAGGCGAUCACAGCACCUCGACCGCCCCCGCCCACCUUUGCCUCGAUGGCAGCUGCACCCCCACGAGGUGCCCCGGCACCUUCGAGUAAGAUCUCAUGGCAAGAAAAGAUCAAUACUCUCUUUGGCAAGAAAACGCCCCCGGCAACGAAGAGCUCUUUGGCUGUAACCUCCGCCACGAAAGAACCUCUCGAUGUACAACUCCCACCAGCUGCGGCCGUCUCGGUCUCAGUGUCCUUCCCCGCCAAAGUGGAUGAUACACGAGGUGGAGAUGGGGACUUGGCCGUUCGACAAGUUGAAGAACAAGACGAGAUCUUUGAAGAUCGUGAACCGGGCUCUCAGCCCCCUGUUCGAGUCCCGAAUAUGGCUCCGGCUGCAGCCUGGGCUGCCGCUCAACCUCCCCCCCCCGACUCGCCAGCGCGGCAAGCUUAUGAAGCCUGUUCAGAGUCGCAGUGUUGA